AGAUGCAAGAUGUGUCUCUGGCCAGCAGGAGGAAGGAAGAGGAAGUGAGAGCAGCGGCAGCCGGCGGCAGCGGCCAGCGACCCGAGUCUAAGUGCGUGCGUUCGGGCAGCGGCAGCGGGCGAGGAUGGGCACGAGAUAGAGGCAGAGCCACCGCCGUCCGCGCCUCCGAGAGCGGCGACAGAGCCUCGGGCACCGGUCUACGUCUCCUGCCCCGGCGCUCCGGCCUCUGGGAACCCUCGUUGCGGCGUCCUGAGACCCCGGGCAGGUUUAGACACGUGUGCCGGUCCACGCGGUAGGACCUCCGUUUCUACCUGCUUUGUACUUCCUCCAGUCACACAAUGCCGCCGCCUUCGGACAUCGUGAAGGUGGCCAUAGAAUGGCCUGGCGCCUACCCUAAACUCAUGGAGAUUGACCAGAAAAAGCCACUGUCUGCCAUUAUAAAGGAAGUCUGUGAUGGGUGGUCUCUUGCCAACCAUGAAUAUUUUGCACUGCAGCACGCUGAUAGUUCAAACUUCUACAUCACAGAAAAGAAUCGCAACGAAAUAAAAAAUGGCACGAUCCUUCGAUUAACCACAUCUCCAGCUCAGAAUGCCCAGCAGCUCCAUGAACGAAUACAGUCAUCAAGUAUGGAUGCCAAGUUGGAAGCCCUGAAGGACUUGGCCAGCCUCUCCCGGGAUGUUACCUUUGCUCAGGAGUUCAUAAACCUGGAUGGCAUCUCACUUCUCACUCAGAUGGUGGAAAGUGGCACUGAACGAUACCAGAAGUUGCAGAAGAUUAUGAAGCCCUGCUUUGGAGACAUGCUGUCCUUCACUCUCACAGCCUUUGUGGAGUUGAUGGACCACGGCAUUGUAUCAUGGGAUACAUUCUCAGUGGCCUUCAUUAAGAAGAUAGCCAGCUUUGUGAACAAGUCUGCCAUAGACAUCUCAAUCCUCCAGCGGUCCUUGGCCAUUCUGGAGUCAAUGGUUCUCAACAGUCAUGACCUCUACCAAAAGGUAGCCCAGGAGAUCACCAUUGGCCAACUCAUUCCUCAUCUUCAGGGGACAGACCAAGAAAUACAAACUUACACCAUUGCUGUAAUCAACGCACUUUUCCUCAAAGCUCCUGAUGAGAGGAGACAGGAGAUGGCGAAUAUUUUGGCUCAGAAGCAGCUGCGCUACAUCAUUUUAACACAUGUCAUCCGAGCACAGCGGGCCAUCAACAAUGAGAUGGCACACCAGUUAUAUGUUCUCCAAGUGCUGACCUUUAACCUUCUGGAAGACAGGAUGAUGACUAAGAUGGACCCCCAGGACCAGGCCCAAAGGGACAUCAUAUUUGAACUUCGAAGAAUUGCUUUCGAUGCAGAGUCAGAACCUAAUAACAGCAGUGGCAGCAUGGAGAAACGCAAGUCCAUGUACACUCGGGAUUAUAAAAAACUUGGCUUCAUUAAUCACGUCAAUCCUGCCAUGGACUUCACACAGACCCCUCCUGGGAUGCUGGCUCUGGACAACAUGCUGUAUUUCGCUAAGCACCACCAGGAUGCAUACAUCCGGAUCGUGCUAGAGAACAGCAGCCGAGAAGAUAAACAUGAGUGCCCCUUCGGCCGCAGCAGUAUAGAGCUGACCAAGAUGCUGUGUGAGAUCCUCAAAGUGGGCGAGCUGCCUAGUGAGACCUGCAACGACUUUCACCCGAUGUUCUUCACCCAUGACAGAUCUUUUGAGGAAUUCUUCUGCAUUUGCAUUCAACUCCUGAACAAAACAUGGAAGGAAAUGAGGGCAACAUCUGAAGACUUCAACAAGGUAAUGCAGGUGGUGAAGGAGCAGGUUAUGAGAGCGCUUACAACCAAGCCUAGUUCCCUGGACCAGUUCAAAAGCAAGCUGCAAAACCUGAGCUACACCGAGAUCCUGAAAAUCCGCCAGUCUGAGAGGAUGAACCAGGAAGAUUUCCAGUCUCGCCCGAUUUUGGAACUAAAGGAGAAGAUCCAGCCAGAAAUCUUAGAGCUGAUUAAACAGCAGCGCCUGAACCGCCUUGUGGAAGGGACCUGCUUUAGGAAACUCAAUGCUCGCCGGAGACAAGACAAGUUUUGGUAUUGUCGGCUUUCACCAAAUCACAAGGUCUUACAUUAUGGCGACUUGGAAGAGAGCCCCCAAGGAGAAGUGCCCCACGAUUCCCUGCAGGACAAAUUGCCGGUGGCAGAUAUCAAAGCAGUGGUGACGGGAAAGGACUGCCCUCAUAUGAAAGAGAAAGGUGCCCUUAAACAAAACAAGGAGGUGCUUGAACUUGCUUUCUCCAUCUUAUACGACUCAAAUUGCCAACUGAACUUCAUUGCUCCUGAUAAGCAUGAGUACUGCAUCUGGACAGAUGGGCUGAAUGCACUGCUUGGGAAGGACAUGAUGAGUGACCUGACACGCAAUGACCUGGACACCCUGCUGAGCAUGGAGAUCAAGCUUCGCCUGCUGGACCUGGAAAACAUCCAGAUCCCGGAUGCACCUCCGCCUAUCCCCAAGGAACCUAGCAACUAUGACUUUGUCUAUGACUGUAACUGAACUGGCUGCACCCAGACGCAUUCCUCCCAAACUGGAAGAUCUAGCUAUCAGCAGAGAGCAGAGCAAACACAUCCACAUGCUGCAACUGCCCUUGGGUGGAGGGGAAGCUGCAGCUUCCUUUGGCCUCAUUUUUAACCCUAGCGCCACCCCCCCCCCCCAUCUUCUCUGGCAUCUCACCUUCUACUUCAAUCUAUUUCCUGACGCAGUGUUUUAGAUCCUCUACCAUUGCUACAGCUCAGCGAUGGGUCAUGAGCAAAAGUCACCACUAGUAACAGUCGAAGAGUCCUCUCAUUAUAUCCAGCUAUGGGCAUUUCCUUCCUUCCUUCCUUCCUUCCUUCCUUCCUUCCUUCCUUCCUUCCUUCCUUCCUUCCUUCAUUCUUGCCUGGAGUAGGAAAGCCAGUUAGCCCCAAGCUGCCCCAUAUUUGCUCACCAAACCAAGAGAAAUUCCUAAGGCCAGGGUUGGAUAAAAUAGCUCUGCUACUGGAUUAGAAGACCAAAGGCCUCCUACCCCUUCUCUCUAGGGUCACCUCACACCAUCAGCUCUAUGUGAGUUGAGAUUGCUUUCACAUUGCCUCUCUCUCCCUUUCCUGCCUUGGCCUUGCUCUGGUCCACUUUGGUCUCACUUGUAGCAGCAGCAUCCUCAUUGUAGUUGUCUACAGCAUCAGGUCUCCCAAACUGUCCACAGAGUCCAUGCCUGUUCCUUGUCUGCACUGUGACCAUGACCAAUCCCUCUAUCACACUGUCUAGUCUUGGGCUUCCUCUCUUUGCCCCAGCCCAGGCCUGCCUUCUUCAUUUCUUCGAGCUCCCAGCCCUUAGCAGAAAGCACAAAUGAAGUCAGUAGUCCUGCUCCAUCUCUGAUAAACUAAACCUAACCGCCCCUAAGGCGGCUGUUGCUAUCUAACAGUUCCGUGUGACCUUCUCUCUGGGGCUCCUGCUACAGCCCAGGUUUUCCAGGGUGGUCAAGCUGUCAGACAUCCAAGUUUACAUCGUUGUAAUUAUUAUAGGUCUUUAAAUUUUACAAGGGUUUGGGGUUAUUUUGUUUUGUUUUGUUGGCUUUGUUUUUGUAUAAAAGAGUCUAACAUUUUUUGCCAAACAGAUAUAUAUUUAAUGAAGAGAUACAUAAAUGUGUGUACUUUCCAGCUUUUUUUUAAUUAUUUUAAUCCCAAACAUCUUCCUGAGAGUAACACUCCCUUAAACAUGCUGUGGAAUAAAAUUAAAUGUGAAGAGUUGGGGAGCUGGUGUUUUGAUUUAGUAAUGUGGGCGCUUGCUACUCCAGCAUAUCCAUCACCUGGGAAUUUGUUAGAGAUGCAAAGCAGACAGCCCCUCCAGACUUCUGAACCACGAUGUUUGAGUAGGUGUUCAUUUGGGAAGCACUGAUCGUGAGCUCUAAAGCAUUGCCGAUAUCAUUUCUAGGAUGCACACCCCAACUCACCAAGGAAAUGAGACUCACUGUACAAAAAUAUGAUCUAUUCCUUUUAUAUUGCUGCUUCCUCGGCAUACUUUCCCAUUAUUGUCUCCUUACCAUUUCAUGACUUAUAGAGCCAGUCCAAUUAAAGACACUACUGACACCAAGGGGACAUGUUGAACCACGGAAAAAGAAUACAAACCUACACACCUGAAAUCAGUUACGCCAAAGCCAAUCUUACUGUGAAUUAAUAAGUUCCCAACAGAGCACAACAGAGAUUUCUUCUUAAGUCAGCUCCCCUACAAAUGUCAUAUGGAUCGUAAGCUCUAAGGGCUGGGAGGGAUGACAGAACCCCAUGCAGUGCAGCUAAGCCACUCUGAACUGGCAGCCAAGAUCUAGAUACAUGCAGGUGACUGCUCUUUGUGGCUGUCAAGAUGGUCAAUUACAGGUUGGCCUGGGCUCCAGUGACAUGGUCCAGAGCACUCCAUAAAUUGCAAAAUCCAUAGUCAUUCACAGGGGUCAUUCUUUCCACUAGAGUGCCCACAUCGGAGUGUUAGGCUGACAUUUCCUCCAUCCUUAAGCUUGGAUCUUAUUAACAUGCAUGCCCUUCCUGAUGGAGUCAUCUACUGUUCUACCUGCUGUGUGAUAAGUUAGAUAAAAGGAAGUGGAUAGAGGCAGAGCACUUUUCACUUCAAAGUUUAAGAGAUGCACCUCCUGGGGCCUGGAUGGGAAGAAUUCAUCUCCUGGUAUUCCUACUUUGGCCCAUAAAUUAGAAAUUUGUGGGGACAUUUUUUUUCUUUUUCAUGUAUAUAUAUAAUACUUGUGCACAAGUGUGGGACAGCAUAGUGUUUUGGUCCAUGUUACACUGGGUAGUGAGAAAGUCUCUCUAUUGCCAUGACCAUUUAUCAUAUCUAUAUAGUGAAUACACUGGAAAUCCCCUCUUCUAGUGAUCUCGAGAUAUACAAUCUUGUGAACUGUAUCCACACACUCCUGCACUGUAGGACCCCAGAAUGUAGCCCUCCUAACUAUCAUUGUACCCACUGUAUACCCCAUGUGCUCUCUCCAGCCUCCAGUAUUGACUCCUUAUUCAGCUACAGGAUUCCAUGGUGGGUGUUCUGCUUACUGUCCUUGAGAAUAUUUCAUUUAAUAAUGUCUUCCAGUCCCACCCGAGGUGUUGAAAGUGACUGUAUUUUAUCUUUUUAUGGCUCCAUAAUAGUCCAUUGUGUACCCACACCACCAUUUAUUUUUUCACUCACCUGUUGCUAGGCACUGAAGUAGAUCCCACAUCCCCAGGUUUUGUGAAUACUGCUGCAGUAAAUAUGAGUACAGGUUCCUCCUGGUGAGCUUUUGUAUGGAAGACACACCUUUUCAUAGACUGACAGCGUCUUAAGGACACGCUCUCAUUGUUCUGCAUUUCUUUUAUUUUGUGGCAAGGUGGGGAAGGAUGGUUGCCCAUAUUCAACAUCUCACCUAUUUCCCAAGGCUGCUUAAGACAUUUCCCACACACAUUGAGACCCGUGCCUCAAGUUGGAUACUUCUGGCGUCAACUGUCCAAGCCCCAUGUAGUGCAAACAAGAAUCCUGUUUAUCAUGAAGUCCAAGUUCUGUUCUCCAAUCUGGCUUUAUCUGAAAUAAAAAAUUGUAUCUGAA